CUCCCUUAAAACAAGAGAACGCCCGCCACCUGUGAAGCUCCUGGGCCCUAUCGUCUUUGACUCUCCACUCACACGAUGCUUCCCAUGGCCAGACCCGCCUUUACUGGCGCAUUAACGCGUCCUCGGCUAGCGCUAUGCCUUCGCCCGCAGCCUAUUGCCGCCCUGUCGACCUCGGCCGUGAAAUCAGCAACUGCUCUUGAGCGCCAGUCAUCAGCAGGUCAGCCACUUUCUGCAUCGGGCAAGGUGCGGGCUGAGGUGCCUUUGGCUAGUCAAGAGAAGAAGGAGGGUGCCAUGCAAUAUGUCCUGACCACACUUGACCAGGUUGCCAAUUGGGCCCGCCAGAGCUCUUUGUGGCCCAUGACCUUCGGUCUUGCCUGCUGCGCCGUCGAGAUGAUGCACCUCUCCACCCCUCGUUACGACCAAGAUCGUCUGGGUAUCAUCUUCCGAGCCUCCCCGCGACAGUCCGAUGUGAUGAUUGUGGCCGGUACAUUGACCAACAAGAUGGCCCCUGCCCUCCGACAAGUUUACGAUCAGAUGCCUGACCCCCGGUGGGUGAUCAGUAUGGGCAGCUGCGCCAACGGUGGUGGCUACUACCACUACAGCUACUCGGUGGUUCGAGGUUGCGAUCGUAUUGUGCCCGUGGAUGUUUACGUUCCUGGAUGCCCCCCAACUUCCGAGGCACUGAUGUAUGGCAUUUUCCAGCUGCAGAAGAAAAUGAGACAUACUCGUAUCACCCGCAUGUGGUACCGUCGUUAAGUUUUCCCGUAAUGUGUGAUUUUCUUUUCUCUGCUUGAACCAUCAUGCACGGUGGACUCUUAAAAUUCAUUCAGCCAUCGUGGAGUCUGUGUGUCUUAUUCCUGUGUAUAUCAAAUCUUCGGUCUGGGUUGUGACCCUUCAAUUCCUUCAAUAUUUUACGGUGCUGUACUC